AUGCGUGUAUUGUAUAUAACGCUCAUGUUGCUGGAUUACUGCUACAUGUGCGCGUGUCUAAUCUGCUUCCACUGCGACAUUGCACCCUUCUACUUCUCUGAAGUUUGUGCGCCCGAGCCCGGCACCGGCAGGUCCGACUCCCUUCGCUUGGGGCCACCUCAGGCUCGAGAGCGCAGAGGCACAUCGGCACGUCGCGACAAAGAGGCAUGGGGGCGAAGAAAAAACUCGGCGAAAGCGCAUCGCAUGGCUUGCAACCAGCUUUGCGGCAUUCCGAAAACAUCCGAAAACUCUUCGGCAACCUCAGGCCGGCGUCCUGUCUGCCUCCUACAACAGGAAGGCGUGAAGCUCUGUGACGAGGGAGCACAUGCAGAGCCUGUAGAGCUUGCAGACAUCUGCAGUGCCAAGACCCAAGCCUUUGAACACCCGAGCGAAGGCGGGCGCAACCUCGACUCGCCUUGA